CCUCGUCGGCUCAGGGCCAGGGGACUUCUUCAGUCUCAAUCGAGAUACAUCCGGUGCACGAUCGUGCGGUCCUGAGGGUCUUCACCGUUCCAGAAGUCUUUUGAUGUGGCCUGUUCUGUGAAGUACUUGCUGGAAAAGUUCUAUUGAUUGCACAGCUACCAUGUAGUUCUAGGAAGAGGAUGGAUUAUAUUGUUGUUUAAUGAGCAGACCAAGCUAAGUCGUCAUUUCCUUGUCACUGGGUUAUGCAACAUAUAUGUGGUAUACAUAAGGAAGAUGUGGCUCAUGCACCAUAUAAUUGUUCCUAUGCUCGUAAUCUUUGGGAGGCAACGAGGAUGCGGUGGUGUCUCCCGUCUCAUGGAGAUCUUCAUGAUCCAACAUUUUGGUUUCAAUUGGUUAUUUUAAAUAGCCCUAUUCUUAUGUGCUUGAUGCCAUACUUCUGGUCUCAUGGAGAGCUUGGUAUGCAUGGAACUUAAUUAGGUUCCGGCAAGAUAUGGACUACUACCGGCUUCUACACAAUGUGCAAUUUUCAACAAUUUUCCACUGAUCAAGUAUUUGGCAAAGAAACUGUACACUUUGAUGCUAGGAGAUGUGAAGAGCUGACAUUUCCACCUUUCAAACUGAACUUCGCUAUGCACUUCAAUGUCCUGAAAGAAAUAGGCAAAGGCACCGAAGGAAAAGUAUCCAAGUGUUCAUCUAAAUUCAGUGAAUACACAUGCGCUAUAAAAGAGACAAUACCUUCACAUCUUCAGAUUCCGUCAACAAAUUCUGAGCCCAGCGAUGUCUCCAUUCUAGCAGAGUUGAACCAUCCUAAUGUAGUGAAGCUGCAUCACGCGUGGAAUGAAAAAGGGACUGAUUGCUUUGGUGAUUCUGUUGAUAUAAUAUUCACAUCAAUGAAGUUCUAUGAUAGGACAUUAUUGACCUACCUCAUGAGGAACUCAAGAAUUGACUUGGGUACCAUUAAUAACAUCUUUCGACAAAUGAUGCUGGGACUGGAACAUAUGCACCUUCAUCAUAUCGUGCACCAUGAUUUGAAGCCAGAUAAUAUUCUGAUGGAUUCUGAUCUAACUAUCAUGAUUUCAGAUUUUGGAACCGCCAUGAGGAAGGAAUCGCCCAACUCCAAACUAAAGCCUGGUGUAAUUGGCAGCCUUCCCUAUUGCGCGCCUGAGGUUUCAAACUAUCACGAGCUUCAUGAUGAGAAAGCGGACAUUUUUCCUGCUGGAGUUAUCUACUUUGAGCUAUACAUCCCUGUUGCAGCGCAUAGAAAACGCAAAGUCAAUGAGAUGAGCAGGCUCAGCAGGCAAGCAAUGGCGUCAUGGGAAUCCUGGACUGAUUUUGACCUUGAUUCUGCAUUGGAAGGAACCGAUCUUCUAGAUGAUUGGGGUGGAGACUACUCUCUGUUAAAGCUGAUGCUGCAUCCCACUGGUUCAGAAAGACCUUCUGCCUCGGAUAUUUUGGCCAGGCUGCCAGUUACUGACACUGCAGAGGAUUUGAGAAGGAACUGAUUUUGGUUUCGCUCCUAG